GCUCUCCACCAAGGUAGGUUGAGCCGGAGGCGCGCGGGGAAGAACUGGCGGGGGAAACUGGAAUUUCCCACAGAGCUGACGGCGCUCGCACUCCCACUGCUUGUUGUUAAUUCCACGCUCUCCAAAAAUAUCGGCCGUGGAGAAAUCUUGGCCAGAAUGUCCACUCGAGGCCCACUGACGCUGGGCUGCUGAAGAUUGCAUCUAAUCUAGUGGCCAGGGAAGGGUGUGAGCCGGGGCUUGUGGGCCGCCUGCAUCAUGAACUUUGAGGGUCUGGACCCUGGGUUGGCAGAGUAUGCCCCGGCCAUGCAUUCCACCCUGGAUCCUGUCCUGGAUGCCCACCUGAACCCAAGUCUGCUGCAGAAUGUGGAGCUGGACGCCGAGGGAGUGGCCCUGGAGACGCUCCCUGUGCAGGAGUCCAUGCACAUCAUGGAAGGUGUCUACUCGGAACUGCACAGCGUGGUGGCUGAAGUGGGCGUGCCUGUCUCCGUCUCCCACUUUGACUUGCACGAGGAGAUGCUGUGGGUGGGGAGCCAUGGGGGUCACGCCACCUCAUUCUUUGGCCCAGCCUUGGAGCGCUACUCAUCCUUUCAGGUCAAUGGCAGCGAUGACAUCCGGCAGAUUCAGAGUCUGGAGAAUGGUAUCCUUUUUCUCACCAAGAACAACCUCAAGUACAUGGCCCGUGGGGGGCUCAUCAUAUUUGAUUAUCUGCUGGAUGAGAGCGAGGACAUGCACAGUCUGCUGCUGACCGACAGCAGCACGCUCCUCAUCGGUGGGCUGCAGAGCCACAUUCUGGAGAUGGAUCUCAACACCGUACAGGAAACUCAGAAGUACGCCGUUGAGACACCUGGAGUCACAGUCAUGAGACAGACGAAUCGCUUCUUCUUCUGUGGCCACACAUCGGGCAAGAUUUCCCUGCGGGACCUGCGCACAUUUAAGGUGGAACACGAGUUCGAUGCCUUCUCAGGGAGUCUGUCAGAUUUUGAUGUGCAUGGCAAUCUGCUGGCCGCCUGUGGCUUCUCCAGCCGCCUCACUGGCCUGGCCUGCGACCGUUUCCUCAAGGUGUACGACUUGCGCAUGAUGCGUGCCAUUACACCGCUCCAGGUGCACGUGGAUCCUGCCUUCUUACGCUUCAUCCCCACGUAUACUUCCCGUCUCGCCAUCAUCUCGCAGUCAGGGCAGUGCCAGUUUUGUGAGCCUACCGGCCUGGCCAACCCCGCAGAUAUCUUUCACGUGAAUCCUGUGGGCCCUCUGCUCAUGACAGUUGACGUGUCAGCCAGCAAGCAGGCCCUGGCCUUUGGGGACUCUGAGGGCUGUGUGCAUCUCUGGACCGACUCCCCCGAGCCCUCCUUCAACCCCUAUUCUCGGGAGACGGAGUUCGCCCUGCCCUGCCUCGUAGACUCCUCGCUGCCUCCCCUGGACUGGAGCCAGGACCUGCUGCCCCUCUCCCUCAUCCCGGUGCCCCUCACCACGGACACACUCCUUUCCGACUGGCCUGCUGCCAACUCCGCACCAGCCCCCAGGCGAGCUCCCCCCGUGGAUGCAGAAAUCCUGCGCACCAUGAAGAAAGUGGGUUUUAUUGGCUACGCCCCCAACCCCCGUACCAGGCUGCGCAAUCAGAUUCCUUAUCGACUCAAGGAGUCAGACAGUGAAUUUGACAACUUCAGUCAGGUCACCGAGUCACCAAUAGGCCGGGAAGAAGAGCCACACCUGCACAUGGUCUCUAAGAAAUACCGCAAGGUGACCAUCAAAUAUUCCAAGCUGGGGCUGGAAGACUUUGACUUCAAACACUACAAUAAGACUCUGUUUGCUGGGUUAGAGCCUCACAUCCCCAAUGCCUACUGCAACUGCAUGAUCCAGGUGCUCUAUUUCCUGGAGCCUGUGCGCUGUCUCAUCCAGAACCACCUUUGCCAGAAGGAGUUCUGCUUGGCAUGUGAGCUGGGCUUCCUCUUCCAUAUGCUAGACCUCUCUCGAGGUGAUCCUUGCCAGGGCAGUAAUUUUCUUCGAGCAUUCCGCACCAUUCCCGAGGCCUCAGCCCUCGGUCUGAUCCUGGCUGACUCAGAUGAGGCUUCAGGCAAGGGCAACCUGGCCCGACUCAUCCAGAGGUGGAAUCGCUUCAUUCUCACCCAGCUCCAUCAAGAUAUGCAGGAACUGGAAGUGCCCCAAGCAUACCGUGGUGCUGGAGGCAGCAGCUUUUGCUCAUCGGGGGACUCUGUCAUUGGGCAGUUGUUCAGCUGCGAGAUGGAGAACUGCAGUCUGUGCCGCUGUGGCAGUGAGACCGUGCGCUCCUCAUCCACACUGCUCUUCACACUCUCCUACCCCGAGGAUAAAAGUGGGAAGAACUACGACUUUGCACAGGUGCUGAAGCGCAGCAUCUGCCUGGAGCAGAACACGCAGGCCUGGUGUGACAACUGUGAGAAGUACCAGCCCACGAUUCAGACCCGCAACAUCCGCCACCUGCCAGAUAUUCUUGUCAUCAACUGUGAGGUCAACAGCUCCAAAGAAGCAGAUUUCUGGAGAGUGCAGGCUGAGGUUGCCUUCAAGAUGGCCAUCAAGAAGCACGGUGGCGAACUCUCCAAGAGCAAGGAGUUCGCCCUAGCUGACCGGAGGGAGGUAGGGAGUCCUGAAGGGGUGCUGCUGUGUCCCUCCAUCGAGGAGCUCAAGAAUGUCUGGCUGCCUUUCUCCAUUCGCAUGAAGAUGACCAAGAACAAAGGGCUGGAUGUUUGCAAUUGGACUGAUGGGGAUGACAUGCAGGUUGUUGAAAAACUGGGGUGGGGCCCAGCCAGAGCAGAGGAGGAACACGGUGUCUGUGUCUAUGACCUGAUGGCUACUGUGGUCCACAUCCUGGACUCGCGCCCAGGGGGCAGUUUGGUGGCUCAUAUCAAAGUGGGAGAGACCUACCACCAGCGCAAGGAGGGAGUUACUCACCAGCAGUGGUAUCUCUUCAAUGACUUUCUUAUUGAACCAAUUGAUAAGCAUGAAGCUGUUCAGUUUGACAUGAAUUGGAAAGUACCUGCUAUCCUUUAUUACGUCAAAAGAAAUCUCAACUCCAGAUACAAUCUGAACAUAAAGAACCCAAUUGAGGCCAGCGUCCUGCUGGCGGAAGCCUCACUGGCCCGGAAGCAGCGGAAAACACACACGACCUUCAUCCCAUUGAUGCUGAAUGAGAUGCCCCAGGUUGGAGACCUGGUGGGCCUCGAUGCUGAGUUUGUCACCCUCAAUGAGGAAGAAGCAGAAUUACGCAGCGAUGGUACCAAGUCCACCAUUAAACCAAGCCACAUGUCUGUCGCAAGGAUCACCUGUGUUCGGGGCCAGGGACCAAAUGAGGGUAUCCCCUUCAUCGAUGACUACAUCUCUACCCAGGAGCAGGUGGUGGAUUACUUGACUCAGUACUCGGGGAUCAAGCCAGGAGACCUGGAUGCCAAAAUCUCCUCCAAGCACCUCACCACCCUCAAGUCUACCUACCUAAAGCUGCGAUUCCUCAUUGACAUUGGUGUCAAGUUCGUGGGCCACGGACUGCAGAAGGAUUUCAGGGUCAUCAACCUCAUGGUACCCAAGGACCAAGUACUGGACACUGUGUACCUAUUCCACAUGCCCCGGAAACGAAUGAUUUCUCUGCGAUUCCUUGCCUGGUACUUUCUGGACCUGAAGAUUCAAGGGGAGACCCAUGACAGCAUCGAGGAUGCCCGCACAGCCCUGCAGCUCUACCGCAAGUAUCUGGAGCUGAGCAAGAACGGCACCGAGCCCGAGUCCUUCCACAAGGUGCUCAAGGCCCUUUAUGAGAAGGGCCGGAAGAUGGACUGGAAGGUGCCCGAGCCCGAGGGCCAGACGAGUCCCAAGAAUGCAGCAGCUGUCUUCUCCUCCGUGCUGGCACUCUGACCUGCCCUCUCCUGUCAGCUUCCUCUGGCUCCAGAACUGGGAGAUGGCCUCCAGGGCUGGUUCUACCCUGUCCGCUUCCAGAACCGGAUCUGCUCAGGGUCCGCAGAUGGUGCUAUUCAUUCACAGAGCCGGAAUGCAGCAGAAGCAUUGCAGGGGUUCUAGGAAUCGGGUUCCUGCUUUACCCUUUCUGAAACAGUGGGCAGAUACCGAGUCUUGAUACACCGGGUACUGAGUUGUCAGCUCCUAGCUGGCUAGGGACUGAGGUACCAGACAGGGACAAGGGGAUAUAAUAGCAGCUGCCGACUGAGCUCAAGUCUUCAACCGCCCGAGGGAUGCCUCGGACAGACCAGCAUGUUGAACCUGUGUGAACCAAGAAAACAAGAGUUGCCAAUACCAUUGCCAAAAGGGAUUUCUUAUCCCAGACCAAGGUCAGCUGCUGGCCUCAUUCCUGCCAACAGCAGGCAAGCAUCUGUCUUCCAUCUACUUCCUGUCUCAAGUGUGUGUUAUUUUUUUAAUAUUCUGUCUUAAACCGCAUGUUUUAUAAAAUAAAAAAUGAAAAUA